CUGUAGCCCUGUAUCUUGCUAACCAGUGGUGGUCAAUUGAUGACAUUGUGAGAACAUCUGUCACUUCUAGAGAGGGGCUUCAGCAGGUGAAAUCUGUUGGAGAGAGGGUGGUUCUCUAUGUUCUGAAUCGAAUUAUCUAUCGGAAACAAGAAAUAGAAAGAAAUGAGGUCCCAUUUCUCUGUCAUGGUAGCAACGACUAUGCUAAGAUCAUGUGGAAAAAAGGAGAGGCUAUUGGGUUCUAUUCUGUUAAACCUACAGGAAGUAUUUGUAGCUCUUCUCUUACUCAGAGUUAUCAGCUGCCAGUGCUAGACACAAUGUUUGUAAGAAAGAAACAUCGUGGGAAAGACUUUGGGCUCGUUAUGUUGGAAGACUUUGUGGAUUCCUUUACAGAAGACACUCUUGGCCUACGAUACCCACUGUCAUCCUUCAUCUACAUAGCUUGUAAGCACUAUUUUGAGAAGUACCCUGGGGAUCAUGACCUUUUGUGGGAAGUGGAGGGAGCAGGACAUUGGUUCCAGAGAACACCUAUUACCACUAUAUUGCAAAGGGAAAAGCUCAAAAUUGCAGGUAUGGAUAAAGAAAAUACAAGUUUCCAAGCAGAGGAUUAUUUUCGACAGUCUGCAGCAGAAUCUGAAGCAAGUGGACAAAAGACUGAGCUAGAAACACAGCUAAGUCCCGACUCUCAAAAAGGUAAAGAAUCAAUUGAUGUCCAUGCAAGCACAUCUGAAGACCCUGACGUAACUCCCAUUUCCAUUCGGACACGAAGUAGUUAUUUAAAACAUCCCAGGAUAGGAAAAAAUAUCCAGGAAUCUGAACCCGAAACUUACCAAGGAAAUGAGGAAAAUGUUUGUGUGUCAGAAAGCAGGCUGGAAUUUCCUGCCCACACAUUUGAAAGCUCUGAAGACUUAGAACCUGAGGAGAAUGCUGUUAAGAAUGAUGAGGAAAUGAUUGUUGAAAAUGAGGACCAAUCUGUAUCAGAAAUGGAGUUACUUGCAUCACCCCCUGAGAAACGGAGUGAGGAGGAAACUCCAUCUGAACCUCUUAACAGUGAGGUAACAGAAGAAAUUGGUAAGACCUCACUUAUGGCUGAAGAGGAAACAGCAAAUGAAGUUCUAGGUGGUGAAUCAAAAUUGCAGUCCGAGAGUCAAGAAGAACCCUUAACACUGUUUGUUCCAUUAAUCCUUGAGCCUCCAGCA